CCUGCAGCCGCAGGGCAGGCCUGGGAUGCCCAUGUGAGCUCAGCCGCAUGUGUGCCUGUCUUGGUUCCCGAUAGAUCGACAUACACGCUCCUCUCGUCUCUGGCAUAUAUACUCUGCCUAGCUGUGGAUCGAUAUGUUCGACAACAACUCAACCAUGUCGUCUUCAUCGUCUGACUCUAAUGACGAAUGUGCUCGUGCGGGUUCAACAAGCUCGACAUCCAGCUAUGACUCGAUGUCCAGCUAUGACUCCACGCCACCUCAACCGGGUCGUCCAUCUUCUCAGGCAUACGAGGCCCUCCUAAUGCCCACACCUCCUUAUGAUCACGAUGCAGAGUCACAAAGAUCAAAACUCUCCAGCCAGCGUCGCGCAUGGAAACGGGACGUCUUUGAAAACGCCCUGGUCGAUUGGAAGUCAAUUCCAGCAAUCGAAAUGUCCGAACACGACCGUGAUCAUCUCUUACGCCGACCUCAUAUGCGCUGCGACUCUUCUCGUCGUCACCACGCAGAGGUCAUAGCAGCGGCACGCCUCAGGCCGCUCAUGACAUCUACCGACACCUCACCUCUUGCAGACAGGACAGCAUCGCUGUCCCUACAUCGAUCUAAGUCAUUGGAACCCGGCAAGGUUACCAUCAUCCAAGACCAGGGUCUCACCACCAUCAUCAUCGAUGAUGAAAACAUGAUUGACAUGAUUGGGUGACAGCACCAUCAUCUCAAACUACGAAUUGUAUGAAUUAUUAUUACCAACAUUGGGCGGUACCAGCGAAUUUUUCACAUGUGCAUAUUGGGCAGUGACGGGGCUCACGAAAAGCGACAGCGAUAGCUGGUGAGGAUCAUUGGGCGGGAGGAAGUUUGUUUGGGCGAUCUGCAUGCAUGUUUAGCGAAGGGCAGCACGAGAUGUGACAUCGCUCACCGAAAAAAGCGAGCGCAGGGGUCGUGGGAUUUUUCUUAAGCGUGGAUCCCGGCCACUGCCACAGACAUCAUUUUUAAUUACCUUACGAAGAUCAAAAAAUUAUAAUAUUUGGAACGAAAGCUACCCUGUCCUCGUUGCAUCAUCACCGCGGCCGAUUUACAUGUGCUCUUCCGCUAAUACUAUGAUGUAGACGAAGCCUCGGUCGUCUGUAG